UCAUUCACUUUGUCACGUUUUCUCUCCUGUCUUUCUCUCUCACACAGACACGCACUUGAUUGAAUAAUAAUAAAAAUAAUAACGGGAUUGGAUUUGGAACCCCCAACCAGCAACGAAGUCUUCUUCUUCAUCUCCAUCAUCACCCACCAGAUCCUGUUCUUCGCUCUGUACAAUUAAUUCUCUUCUUCUUCUGAAUUCGAUCUGCUUAAUCUGAAAAAAAAAAAAUGCCGUCUGUCUAUGGAGGCCCCUUGACCACCUUCGAAGAUGCCGAAAAGGAGAGCGAGUACGGUUACGUUCGCAAGGUGUCUGGACCAGUGGUUGUUGCAGAUGGAAUGGCAGGAGCUGCUAUGUAUGAACUUGUUCGAGUUGGACACGACAACCUUAUUGGGGAAAUUAUCCGGUUGGAAGGAGAUUCUGCCACUAUUCAAGUAUAUGAGGAAACGGCUGGGCUAAUGGUGAACGAUCCCGUUCUUCGAACCCACAAGCCUUUAUCAGUGGAAUUGGGUCCUGGAAUUUUGGGGAAUAUCUUUGAUGGCAUUCAGAGGCCUCUGAAAACAAUUGCAAUUAAAUCUGGUGAUGUCUAUAUUCCUCGUGGUGUAUCUGUCCCGGCUCUUGAUAAAGAUACUCUUUGGGAGUUUAACCCGAAGAAAAUAGGAGAGGGAGAUCAUUUGACUGGUGGAGACUUGUAUGCCAAUGUAUUUGAAAACAGUUUAAUGCAACAUCAUGUUGCUCUUCCACCUGAUGCUAUGGGGAAGAUAACCUACAUCGCACCAGCUGGCCAUUACUCGUUGAAGGAUACAGUCCUCGAGCUUGAAUUUCAAGGGGUCAAAAAACAAUUCACCAUGCUCCAGACAUGGCCUGUACGUACACCUAGGCCUGUAGCUUCAAAGCUUGCUGCCGAUACUCCCCUCUUGACAGGACAGCGUGUUCUUGAUGCUCUCUUCCCUUCUGUCCUCGGUGGUACUUGUGCCAUUCCCGGUGCAUUUGGUUGUGGAAAAACUGUUAUCAGUCAGGCCCUUUCCAAGUACUCUAACUCCGACACUGUGGUUUAUGUCGGUUGUGGAGAAAGAGGAAAUGAAAUGGCAGAGGUGCUUAUGGAUUUCCCUCAAUUGACAAUGACCUUGCCCGAUGGUCGAGAAGAAUCUGUUAUGAAGCGUACUACAUUGGUAGCUAACACUUCUAACAUGCCUGUGGCUGCUCGAGAGGCUUCAAUUUACACAGGAAUCACUAUAGCUGAAUAUUUUAGAGAUAUGGGCUACAAUGUCAGUAUGAUGGCAGAUUCUACAUCUCGAUGGGCAGAAGCAUUGCGUGAAAUUUCUGGUCGUCUGGCUGAGAUGCCUGCAGACAGUGGAUACCCUGCUUAUUUGGCAGCUCGUUUGGCUUCCUUCUAUGAACGUGCUGGUAAAGUCAAGUGUCUAGGUGGACCUGAAAGAACUGGCAGUGUCACCAUUGUCGGUGCUGUUUCACCUCCAGGAGGAGAUUUCUCUGAUCCUGUUACAUCUGCUACACUCAGUAUUGUUCAGGUUUUCUGGGGCCUUGACAAGAAAUUGGCACAGAGGAAACAUUUCCCUUCUGUAAACUGGCUUAUUUCUUACUCAAAGUAUUCAGGGGCACUCGAAUCGUUCUACGACAAGUUCGAUUCGGAUUUCAUCGACAUCAGGACAAAAGCUCGUGAAGUCCUGCAGAGAGAGGAUGAUUUGAACGAAAUUGUGCAGCUGGUCGGAAAAGACGCAUUAGCCGAAACAGAUAAAAUCACCCUUGAAACAGCUAAGCUCUUGAGAGAGGACUAUCUUGCCCAGAAUGCAUUCACAGCAUACGACAAGUUUUGCCCGUUCUACAAGUCUGUUUGGAUGAUGCGCAACAUUAUUCAUUUCUACAAUCUGGCUAAUCAGGCAACGGAGCGAGGAGCUGGUAUGGAUGGUCAGAAGAUAACUUACUCCCUAAUCAAGCAUCGUAUGGGAGAUUUGUUUUACCGUCUCGUUUCACAGAAAUUCGAAGAUCCAGCAGAAGGAGAGGAAACUUUGGUUGCGAAGUUUAAGAAACUGAACGACGAUCUCACUGCAGGUUUCCGUAACCUUGAGGAUGAAACCCGUUGAUCAAUAUUUUUUUUCACACUCUGUUUGGUUUGUUUGAAAUAUUGGUUUUGUGUACCUAUUUGUUUAUUUAUCUUUGUUUUUUGUUCUUGCCCCUUCCACCUUUUUAUUAUUAUUGUUAUUAUUAUUACUAUUACUAUUUUCGUCCAUAAAUAAUAAGAGGGCAUCGGUUUUUGGCAUUUCGGUGUAUUUUAGCUGCUCGAUUUUUUUCGUUUUGUAACAGUAAAUUAUUAUUGUGGUUAUUUAUAAAAGAAAUUGUUCCUAU